UGUUAGUUGAUGGGUUGGUUUUUUGAAAGAGGGGGAAUGACGCGGGGGACUUUUUUUCAGAUCUUGAAUCAAAAUGGAUAUUCGGAAGAUCCUUGCAACCAAGCCCUGUAUGGUAAGGGAUUCGUGUGGCCAAGCCCUGCAGUGUUAGGCGCCCCUAUAUCCAAGUCCCCCAGGAUAUGGACCCGUGUUACAGAAAGUGUAAGACCUUAAGUAAGGUUAAGUCCAAUCCUGGUGGCAGCCUUAUUACUUCUACCAUGCUGUUCCAAAAAGUGCCGAGCUUGUUGAGGACUUCAUUCCCAACAUGGAUGCUCAAUCUCGACAAGCAGUGGUGGGAACCGAUCUGGAAAGCCUCUCCGCUGAGACCCGCCAACUGAAUCUGGAGGCAUUGGCUUUUCCCGUGGGAAUUGGACUGGGAGCUGUCACUGCAGCCUUAUUUCCGGGUUUGUUUGGAUUCCAAGGAGCCAACAGGACAACAACAACAACAACAACGUCGACGACAACGACAAGAAGAACAACGACCACUGCUACAACUACCACAGCGGUGAUAACAACACCUACUACCGCAACUGCCUCCACUCAGGGUGGCGUCUCUGUUGUUACUCCCGGCGGAGUAACAAUCAAUCCAACUGAAGGGUCAGUGACCACCGAGCCACCCAUUCCUAUUCCGGCGAUCCAAACUGAACCGUCUACCAUUCUUCAAAACCGGUUGCGAUGUGGAGUGAGGCAAGGUGGGGUCAGAAUCAUUGGGGGCUCGCCAAUUGAGAGACAUCAAUUUCCAUGGCUAUGCUCCUUGAAGUAUAAAUUCCCUGCCACCAAUCGCUUUCAGCACAUUUGCGGGGUCACUUUGAUCUCGGGGCCUCCGGACAAGACCAUUCUCGUUGGAGCAGCUCAUUGCUUUCCAAAAGGUGACCUUCCCAGCUCAUACAGGAUUGUAUGUGGAGAGCAUAACAUUAACAUUGACCAAGAAGAGGGUGAAGUUGUACUUGAGGUUGUCGAAUUGAUCCCUCACGAGGAGUACACUAACGCCGCACUCUCUGGUUAUGACAUUGCCAUCUUUAGGGUCAACGAUGCCCCUCUGAUCAAUAAGUUGAACGAAAGAACAAUUUGGCCCGCCUGUCUACCUCAAUUGAGCCGGUCCUAUAAAAACGAGAGAAUGGCGGUAGCUGGCUGGGGCGUGGUUAAGACGAAAAUUAUCCGGGGAACAAAGGUAACAGUCAAAGGACUCCCUCCCGUGGCAAAUUUUGUCGAAGUGGAGCAAACAUUAUGCACAGAUGUUGACAAUUUCAAUUACCCUCCGGGUCUUCUAUGUGCCUCUGCGACAGGGAGGGAUUCAUGUCAGGGUGACUCUGGGGGUCCUCUCAUGGCCGAGACUCAACCCGGGAGCAACAUCUACCAAUGGGUUGGGAUUGUAAGUUUCGGCGUGGGUUGUGCUCGAAGGGGAUUCCCCGGAGCUUACACACGAACUAGUUGCUACUUGGAAUGGAUAGCGAACAAGAUGGGUCUGGAAGGCGUCUCUACACGGGCGGACAACAGUCUGGAGUGGAGCACGGGAUGCCACGAUGAACAGGAGGUCUCGCCUUUUAAUGAUGAUUAUGACGACUACAGCAACGGCGACAUUCAAGCUAUUGUGGUGCACGGCAGGAGCAAGAUACCUUACGGACACGCCUCAUGGCAAUCUUACCUGAGUAGGAUCCUGCCCCCUUUACGCUCAAGCCCAGUGCCCACCAAUUCCCAUGGCCUACAUGGAUAGCGAGAGGAUUUCCCUUUUAUUUAUAUGAUUUACAAUUGAACGUACUUACCUUUUGGGUGACAACUACGGACGUGCAAAAAGUGCAUAUAGAUGUAGCCAGUUAUGCAAAUAAAAGUGCAUUGAAAAUCGUCUAUAAUGCAAAAAAACAUGCCAAAAAACCGUUCCAAAUGCCAAUGCUUUUUGACAUCACAAGGGGUGCAAAAGAUUAAAUGCGGGGACACAGGCCCAACAAAGGAGCAAAGCUUGCAGUU